AAGUGCUGUUGAGGGAACGGGGGCCAAGGUCUAUCUCUCAUCCCGCUUCACUUAUCCCUUACAUGCCUCAUCCUCCAAGUAACCUAGUAGGUUUUCAUACACUGCGUACAGUACGGUUUGAAAUGUGAUUCAACAUACGCACUGCUGGAAUACUAUUCUGUGGCAGCUAAAGGAUUUGUGUUUACACCUUUUUAAAGGGGAGAGGAAAGGCAGACCACCUUUGCCAUGCCAGCGGAUUUGUUAGCGGUUUUAUGCGUGAUUACUACGGUUUACGCAGUGGAAGAGACAGUGAUGGACACGCGGACGGCCACAGCGGAGCUGGGUUGGAUAGCUUAUCCUGCCUCUGGGUGGGAGGAGGUGAGUGGCUACGAUGAGAACCUCAACACCAUCAGGACCUACCAGGUGUGUAACGUGUUCGAGCCCAGCCAGAACAACUGGCUCCUCACCACCUUCAUCGACAGACGAGGGGCUCAGCGUGUUUAUGUGGAGAUGCGUUUCACCGUACGUGACUGCAGCUCCAUCCCUAGUGUCCCCGGCUCAUGUAAGGAGACUUUCAACCUCUACUACUACGAGACAGACUCGGUCAUCGCCACCACCAAGGGAACCUCCUUCUGGAUGGAAGCUCCCUACCUGAAGGUGGACACCAUCGCGGCCGACGAGAGUUUCUCCCAAGUGGACUUCGGCGGACGAUUGAUGAAGGUCAACACGGAGGUGCGGAGCUUUGGCCCUCUCUCCCGUAAUGGGUUCUACUUGGCCUUCCAGGACUACGGGGCCUGCAUGUCCCUGCUGUCAGUACGUGUCUUCCAUAAGAAAUGCCCUAGCGUGGUGCAGAAUUUCGCCAUCUUCCCAGAGACGAUGACGGGCGCCGAGAGCACCUCACUGGUCAUUGCCAGAGGCACGUGCAUCGCUAAUUCAGAGGAGGUGGACGUGCCCAUCAAGCUGUACUGCAAUGGAGAUGGGGAGUGGAUGGUUCCCAUCGGGAGCUGCACCUGCAAGGCUGGCUUUGAGCCGGAUAACGGCAAUGUCUGUAGAGCGUGUCCUCAGGGGACGUUCAAGUCCACCCAGGGGCCAGGGCUGUGUCUGCAGUGCCCCCCCAACAGCCGCUCCACUGUGGAGGCUGCCACCAUCUGCGGCUGCCGUAACGGAUACUACAGAGGAGACAUGGACCUGCCCGAGGCCUCCUGCACCAGUGUCCCCUCUGGUCCCAGGAAUGUCAUCUCCAUCGUCAACGAGACCUCGGUGAUCCUGGAGUGGCACCCGCCUAGGGAGACUGGUGCCCGCGAUGACGUCACCUACAACAUCGUGUGCAGGAAGUGCCGUGCGGAUCGGCCGUUGUGCUCCCACUGUGAUGACAACGUGGAGUAUGUGCCCAGGCAGCAGGGCCUGACUGAGACCAGGGUGUUCAUCAGUAACCUGUGGGCCCACACCCCCUACGCCUUUGAGAUACACGCUAUCAAUGGAGUCACCAACAAGAGCCCCUACCCUGCCCAGCACGUGUCCAUCAACAUCACUACCAACCAGGCUGCUCCUUCCAUGGUUCCCAUCAUGCACCAGGUCAGCUCCACCAUGAAGAGCUUCACAUUGUCAUGGCCACAACCUGAGCAGCCCAAUGGAAUCAUCCUGGACUAUGAACUGAGGUACUACGAAAAGGACCACACUGAGUUGAAUUCAACCAUGGUGCGGAGCCAGACCAACACUGCCCGUGUGGAGGGCCUGAGGCCAAGCAUCAUGUACGUGGUACAGGUCCGUGCCAGGACGGUGGCAGGCUUCGGCAAAUACAGCAGCAAGCAGUGCUUCCAAACCCUGACAGAUGAUGAGUAUAAAUCAGAGCUGAGGGAGCAGCUGCCUUUGAUUGCAGGCUCAGCGGCUGCAGGAGUGGUCUUCCUUGUAUCAUUGGUGGCCAUCUCCAUCGUCUGCAGCAGGAAGAGAUCAUACAUGAAGGAGACUAUAUACAGUGACAAACUUCAGCACUACAGUACAGGCAGAGAACUCUCUCUGAGACCGGACAUGUCCAACUGCCCUUCCCCCAUGGGAUGCCCCACCCACUUCUCUGGCUCACCAGGGAUUAAGAUCUACAUCGAUCCCUUCACCUACGAGGACCCCAACGAGGCCGUCCGAGAGUUUGCCAAGGAGAUCGACGUGUCUUGUGUGAAGAUCGAGGAGGUCAUUGGUGCAGGCGAGUUUGGGGAGGUGUAUAAGGGUCGUCUGAAGCCGGCUGGGAAAAGGGAGCUGUACGUGGCCAUUAAGACCCUGAAGGCGGGCUACGUGGAGAAGCAGAGGCGGGACUUCCUGUCUGAGGCCAGCAUCAUGGGCCAGUUUGACCACCCCAACAUCAUCCGACUGGAGGGCGUGGUCACUAAGAGCCGGCCAGUCAUGAUCAUCACAGAGUUUAUGGAGAAUGGGGCCCUGGACUCCUUCCUGAGGCAAAACGAUGGGCAGUUCACAGUGAUCCAGCUAGUGGGGAUGAUGCGUGGCAUCGCCGCAGGAAUGAAGUACCUGGCAGAGAUGAACUACGUCCACAGAGACCUGGCCGCCCGCAACAUCCUGGUCAACAGCAACCUGGUCUGCAAGGUGUCCGACUUCGGCCUGUCCCGUUACCUGCAGGAUGACACAUCAGACCCCACCUAUACUAGCUCCCUGGGAGGGAAGAUCCCGGUGAGAUGGACAGCCCCUGAGGCCAUCGCCUACAGGAAGUUCACCUCAGCCAGCGACGUGUGGAGCUACGGCAUCGUCAUGUGGGAGGUGAUGUCAUUUGGCGAGCGGCCGUACUGGGACAUGAGCAACCAGGACGUGAUCAAUGCCAUAGAGCAGGACUACCGUCUGCCCCCUCCCAUGGACUGCCCCACAGCACUACACCAGCUGAUGCUGGACUGCUGGCAGAAAGACAGAAACGCCCGGCCCAAAUUCCCUGACAUCGUCAAUACACUGGACAAGAUGAUGCGCAACCCUACCAGCCUCAAAGCUGUGGCCACCAUCACUGCAGUGCCUUCUCAGCCCCUGCUGGGCCGCUCCAUUCCAGACUUCACCACCUUCACCUCUGUGGAGGACUGGCUAGGUGCCAUCAAGAUGGGCCAGUACAGAGACACCUUUCUGGGGUCCGGCUUCACCUCCUUACCCCUGGUGGCUCAGAUCACCUCUGAAGACCUGUUGAGGAUAGGAGUGACCCUGGCCGGCCAUCAGAAGAAGAUCCUGAGCAGUGUCCAGUCUAUGAGGGACCAGAUGGCCCAGUCUCCCAACUCCAUGGCCUGACUACAGGGCGGCCACCACCACCACCAUGGAACCCACAGUAGAACUCCUGAUGACCCUAAAGAAUACACCAGGGUGGAGACACUAGCCUUGAUCUAACAACAACAUUCACGCCCACAACACACUUUCUGAAGACCAGAGGGAAAGAUACCUGCCCUCUAGUCUACUGAAGGUACAAAGGGAUAGAAGAUAAGAUUCUGCCUCAGAACAACUUCACUGGUUCAAUCACAGCAGUCUAUCAAGUUGGCUUAUUUUUUGCUGAAGAAUAGAGCAAGUGGAAAUGCAAGGGCGUUUGUUUGCUUGCUGUGACAGAUGGUCUUAAAGUGCGAAAAAUAAAAUAUAAAAAACCUGUGCUACUUUAUGUGAGGAUCAAUGGGAUGACUUAGCCAAAGAACAGCAUCAAACGGUGUCACCCAAAUUUAAAAAAAGAUACAAAAAAGAUAUUAAAAUCAAAACAAGUAGAUUGACUUAUUUAAAUGAAUCUUCAUAUUGAAGAUGAUUUGUAAAUACUAUAUGGAUAUUAAUUUUAUGCUUGCAUUUUUUGCAACAACAACAGCUAGUUUCACCUGAAUAGUUUAGGAUUGUUGUAGUCAUGAAGGGUUAUUUUCUAUGGAGGCACUUGGAAGUUCUUCCCAAUAGGAGGCAGAUCCAUGGGGUAAAGACCGACAUGACUGAUUCUGUAUUAAAGGAUACACUGUUUAUAUAUACAUAUAAGAUAUCUCUUUGUAAUGUUUUAGACUUUCAGAGACCAGAUUGACAUUGAACCCAUAUACAACUACAAGAGUCAGUAAGUGUCUAGUGUUGUGCAUCGAAUACCCAGGCUAAGAAAUAAUGUAACAGGGACAGUGAAGGUUAUAUGAAAUCUAAAAGUUGUAUUGACAGUCUCAAGUGCUUUGUGCUUUCACCACGCUACAACAAUAGAACGUUACCUACCAUUUCCAGUUCCUUUUCAAACAUGACAACAGAACAUCUUUCCCAGUUUGACAUGUUGGGUUAACCAUGCUGUGUUGAUUCUGGGCUACUCGAGGCGCAUUAAAAAACUGUGUCAAAAGCAUGAUGUAAGUCAGUGAAGGUUGUUGUUAUUAUGACAGAGAGAGUCGGAAUAUAAGUAAUAGGGAUGGACUUUGUAAAGCUACCUUUUAAUUAACACAGGUGUCUUCCUCCCACGCCAAGCCAUUAAGGGGCAGGAAUGAGGUUCAAAACAUCUGGGGGAAUACUGAUCGUUACAGACAGGUCAUUCUCCUAUCAGAUUCUGACAUUUCAUUGCCUUGUACUUCCUCUCCUUUUUUAAUUACGUUGAUAUCUACUGACGAUAGACAUCAUCUAUUUGCGAUCAGCUCAUAAUGAUGUGUGGUGAUGAUGGGGGCUGUUGAAACAGUGCAGGUUAAUAGCUUGAAGUGGGUGGCUGUGUUCUCCUGGGGACCUAGACGCUGGAACUGAAGCAUCAAAUUCAUUACCCAGCUCAAAUAUGACGGAUUACAGGGUAACAAGUGGGAGCCUUCUAACAUAAUACCUUUGAAAAAGUGUCUACUGUUCAUUUGUGUGCAUAUUUGCUCAGCAGGCCUUAGACUGCAUGUGAAGCUAUGUACAGAGUAACUGCCAUCUCCAUUGCAAAUCAUUGUCUCUCUAACUACUAUCACAGUAGGAGCUGUCUUCAGCAGUGUCAUGGUAACCCCUCACAGUUAGUUAUUGGUGGCAACAAAGAGUUAUUAUUGAGCAGAGCAGACUGUACUGUAUGUCAGGGCCCAUCAGGUUAAGUGUUACAAAAACACUAUCGCCAAAUUUGUCUCAACAGUACCUAAUGCAUAACAUAAUACUGAGAGUAUUGUAUCACCUGCAUUCAAGCUGACUUUGAAGAAGAAAGUGUCAUUAUGGAAUUUUAAGUCUUUCUAAAUUAGACAUCUGUUCAUUCUGUGGGGACAUAAAAAGUUGCUAUCCUUAUUCAAGUUUUCCUUUUUAUAAUAGUAAUUUGGUAACGGUUGGACGUUAGUGUUCAGCUUCACUCCACUGAUUCGGGUAAUAGACUGGUGGAAUUGGAAAAAGUGUUGUUAUUUUGAAGAUGAAAGCUGGGAGAAGUUGGAGAACUUGCACUGAAUGUGAAAGUAGUCUGACAUUGUGAGGUCUCUUAUCUGUGUUCUGCAUUUAAAGUGCCUUUCUGUAAUUUGUUAAAGUCAAGGUCCAACAGCAAAUGCAGACACUCCCAGACUCAUUGAGGCAAACUUAGAGAUUCCUAUAAGUGGACUCAUUCCUUAUUCAGGUGGACAUACUUUAUGGUGGUAUUGCUGACUUUCUAGACUGUUUAAUUGUCACAUUGACUUCACCUCCCCUUGUAAUUGUGCCACUUUAAGUAAUCCACCAGCAGAUAAGAAACCUCCUGGCCCAAACCCUAACUCGAACUUUCACUCCCUUGCUCUCCUAUUCUCCUGCCACUUAAACAAACUUGUCUCCCAGGAUAUUGCUGUUUUUGGGGUGUUGUGAGAAAUUUUUCUCAGAUUUUUUUGGUUUGUUUGUCUGUUUUCAAAAUCAGUAUUUAUCUACAUUUUGAGGAAUGUGAUAUUUCCAGCUCGUCAAAAAAAAGUAGAUUGCUUGGAUCAAGACAGAUUUUCCCCCUACAUUUUCAAAGUACGCCAUUGUGAAAUGGCCCCUUUCCAUUUUCAAAGACAUCUCACUGGUGGCUCUUUUCUCCGGCCAUGUCACUGGACUGAGGCUGGAAAGCAACAACAUAGCGGCAUGAGAACGGACACACUCAUCCAACUGUAAAUAAGACUUGACACAACCAGGAGGGAUCUUUUCAUUUGUUCGGGGGUGUCAUUGUACAGUUACAAAUUUGUUUAUUGUGCUGAGUAUGUCAGAGUUUGUAGUUGUAACUUUCUGAGAAGAAAUAUUGUAUUAAAUGCACUCAAUAAAGACAAACCAAUCAAGCAAGUCCAUGCAUUCCU